CUCACCUUCCCCACCAUUUUCCUACUUUGAUUUUUCUUGAAAAAAUAGUUUGCCCCCAUUAAAAUAUUGCUGAUUCCUCUGUUUUUUUUUUUAAUAUUUUCUCACUUUCUUGCCCACCAUUUCCUGCUAUAAAUCAGACCUUUCUCCUACCUCAUAAACCUCUUUCUCUUCUCCCUUCUUGCCUCCCUAUAGGAUUUGGGUGUAGUUCUUCUUUAGCUCUCUGCUGUUGCUCCAAUUCUUGUUUUCUUCUUUCUGAUCUUUUGCCUGUUUCUGGGCUUAAUUUCGAAUUUCCUUUAAAGAAGCUUUUUUGUUUGUUUGUGGAAUAGAUUCAUGCUGCGGAAAUUAAUGUUCUUGAUGUAUGAAAUUCAUGUCUCCUGUGCUCAGUGAAAUUCUCAGAUCUGGUUUUAUGAUUGGAUCAUCUCUCCGGCGUGGGGCUCAUCUUGUUCAAUCCUUCUCAGUCGUCUUCCUCUACUGGUUUUACGUUUUUUCAUAAUCAACUCAACCAAACAGAGCCUUAAAUAACUGCAACUUAUAUAUUUAUACACGUAUCUGUAAUAAAUUAAUAAGAAAUCUCACCGGAGAAAUUAGCAAUGGCUUCAUCGAGCGGCAAUUACUCGUCCGGCUCUCCGGCGCCGGUCCAGAACUCCGGUUCCGACGAAGAUCUGCAGAGUCUGAUGGACCAGAGGAAGAGGAAGCGUAUGCAAUCGAAUCGCGAAUCUGCGAGGCGGUCGAGGCUGAGGAAGCAGAAGCAUCUGGACGAUCUGGCAGCUCAGGUCGCGCAGCUCAGGGACGAGAAUCAACAGAUUCUGACAUCUGUGAACCUCACCACGCAGCACUACGUCAAUGUCGAGGCUGAGAAUUCAGUCCUCAAGGCGCAGAUGAUGGAGCUCUCUCACCGACUCCAAUCGCUCAACGAAAUCCUCAAUUUCAUCAAUUCCUCCACCGCCGCCGGAGGCUGUAUGUUCGAGGCGGAGGAGUUUCAGCACCACCAGGGCUUCGCCGAUGGCUUCCUGAACGGAAAUCAAUGGAACUUGAUGGGGAUUAAUCAGCAUCCGAUCACCGCCUCAGCUGAGAUGUUUGAUUUUUGAGAGAUUUGGGAAUUUAGGGUUCCUCAAUCGUCAAUAUCUUCUUAUUUUAGUGGAAUUGCUGUUAUUUGAAAAAAAUAAAAAUUAAAAAAUAAUUAUUUAGUUCAAUCAGGUCAGGGGUGAACUAUGUAGAAUUAUUGGUCAUUAUUUUAUGGCUUGAUUUGGUAUUAAAUUAUUAAUUAAUUAAUUCGCCAAAUGGUGUACUGACCUCAGCUGUCUGUCUUCUUGGUUGUGUAAGGGGGUCACCAUGUAUCUACUUUGUACUAUUUAUUUAAAUGAUUUUGUUGUCUUUUAUUAAUAUCUUUAAUUAAUCUCAUCA